UGAUCCCAAUUUCCAAUUUCCAAGUUUCAACCUUUCCACCAACCACACCAAAUUCAAAUCUAUGAAAUACACACCUUAAUGGAAUAUCCAAUUUCAUAGCACCCCUAAUAUAAAUACCCCAACACCAAGAUUCAGAUCUUCACCAACAAAACCCUUCUCCUUUUUUCUCUCUAUUUCUGAACCAAAACCCGCCACCGCCACCGCCACCAAUCACCAUGGCAAUGGCAACCUCACCUCACUCCCUCCUCCUCCAAAACCCAACUCCCACUUUCCUCAAAAACCCCAAACUACCCUUCACCGCCGUCCCCAUGACCUCCACCCGAAUCUCCCCCACCACCACCGCAAAACCCAUGUCGAUCAAAUGCGCUGCCACCACGACCCCAAUCCAAGAUCUCCGCCCGAACCCGCCCGAGUCCCAAGAUCGGGUCUUUAACUUCGCCGCCGGGCCCGCCAACCUCCCGGAGAACGUUCUCAAGAAGGCCCAAUCGGAGCUCUACAACUGGCGCGGAUCUGGCAUGAGCGUCAUGGAAAUGAGCCACCGCGGCAAGGAAUUCUCCUCCAUAAUCCAGAAGGCCGAGUCCGACCUCCGAACCCUCUUGAAUAUUCCCCAAGAAUAUUCCGUCCUCUUCCUCCAAGGCGGCGCCACCACCCAGUUCGCCGCGAUCCCGCUAAAUCUGUGCAAGCCCGAUGAUAAAGUGGAUUACUUGGUUACCGGGUCGUGGGGUGACAAGGCCUUCAAGGAGGCCCAGAAGUACAGCAAGCCCAAGGUGAUCUGGUCCGGUAAGUCGGAAAAGUACACAAAGAUUCCGGCGUUUGAUGCUCUAGAGCAGACCCCAGAUGCUAAGUACUUGCAUAUAUGUGCAAAUGAGACCAUUCAUGGGGUUGAGUUCAAAACCUACCCAACCCCCAAAAAUGGGCUCUUGAUUGCUGAUAUGUCCUCUAAUUUUUGCUCAAAGCCUGUGGACGUUUCUAAAUUCGGGAUCAUCUACGCCGGGGCACAGAAGAAUGUGGGGCCAUCUGGGGUGACCAUUGUGAUCAUCAGGAAGGAUCUGAUUGGAAAUGCUCAGGAAGUCACACCAGUAAUGCUUGAUUACAAGAUCCAUGAUGAUAACAAUUCGCUGUAUAAUACUCCUCCCUGCUAUGGGAUUUACAUGUGUGGGCUUGUGUUUGAGGAUUUGCUAGAGCAGGGCGGCUUGGCCGGGAUUGAGAAGAAGAACAAGAAGAAGGCGGAGCUGUUGUACAAUGCCAUUGAUGGGAGCAAUGGGUUUUACAGGUGCCCGGUGGAGAAGUCGGUGAGGUCAUUGAUGAAUGUGCCGUUUACGCUUGAGAAAUCGGAGUUGGAAGCCGAGUUUAUCAAGGAGGCGGCUAAGGAGAAGAUGGUGCAGCUCAAGGGGCAUAGGUCAGUGGGAGGAAUGAGGGCCUCUAUAUAUAAUGCUAUGCCUUUGGCUGGGGUGGAGAAGUUGGUUGCUUUCAUGAAGGACUUUCAGGCAAAGUAUGCUUGAUUUAGCUAUCCUCCAAUAUGCUCAUCUGUGCUUCCUUUUCUCUCUUGCCAUUUCUAUUAGGGUUGUUAGCCACAUCCUUGUUUUCUUCUGUUUUGUAUUUUUUUUGGCAUUGUUGUUUGCUCAAUGUGAUUAUGUAAGGUGCAUUUUUGGAUGCAUGUUAUGAAAUUCUUGUCACUUGGGAUGAAGUUGAUGUCCUAUGAGUUUAGGGGUUUAGGCUAAUUUUGCGAUGUAAUUUUGUUGUCAUAAGAUGAGAGUAAUGAAUAACUCAAUUUUUCAGUUCAA